CAAGUUGCUUACACAUUAAAACUUAACAGUUCAAGAAGUUGUCUAAGUAUAUAAGGUUUGAAAAAAAUUAAAAACAUCUUGUAGCGAAAAAUACGUGGGAAAAAACAGGCACAGACAUUAUUUCAAGUUCAACGGUAAAACACUUUUAAGGGAUUAUUGACAAUAACGAUGCUUCCUAUAUGCUUGGUUUUUUUGAGUUGUGGUGUGCUCUUCAGCGUUGCUCAAUUCGACACAAACCAACAAAACUGCAACAAUAAUAUUGUUCAUUUGUUUGAAUGGAAAUGGAAAGAUAUCGCACAAGAAUGUGAAGAUUUCCUCGGGCCAAACGGAUAUUGUGGAGUCCAGUUAUCUCCUCCAAGUGAAAACGUUAUAAUCGAAAAGAGGCCUUGGUUUGAACGUUACCAACCAGUGUCUUACGAACUCAAGACUCGUUCUGGUAAUGAGGAAGAAUUCCGUGACAUGGUAGAACGUUGCAAUAAGGUUGGAGUGCUUAUCUAUCCCGAUGUUGUGUUUAAUCACAUGGCUGCGCUUAGUGGUAAAGGUACAGGAGGAUCAAUUUCCGAUUCAGAAAACAAAAGUUACCCAGCAGUUCCGUACACUCCUGAGGAUUUUCAUCCCACUUGUACUCUGAGUAACUAUAGCAACCCAGAGGAAGUUCGUAAUUGUGAACUUGAGGGUUUAAGAGACUUGGACCAAAGCAAUGAGUACGUGCGUGGAAAAAUUGUUGAGUACUUGAAUAAGCUUAUUGACUUGGGUGUUGCUGGAAUACGAGUUGAUGGGUGCAAACAUAUGUUGCCUGAGGAUUUAAAAGUAAUUUUUAGCAGACUAAAUGAUCUCAAUACGAAACAAGGCUACCGAAAUGGUGCGAGACCAUUUAUUUACCAGGAAGUUAUCGAUAUGGGUGGUGAACCAAUUUCCAGCACUGAAUACACAGGUAUAGGAACUGUCACAGAGUUCCGUUUCACUUCAAAGAUGGGAAAGGUCUUUUUAUUGAAGGAUGAAAACCUUAACACACUGCGCGAUCUACCUAAGCAACUAUUGCCUUCUGAUAAAGCUGUGAUAUUUGUUGACAAUCAUGACAACCAACGUCAAAGUAGUGAGAUUGUGACCUACAAGACUCCCAAAGCUUACAAAAUGGCUGUUGCAUACAUGUUGGGGCGUGGUUAUGGAAUCACUCGUGUAAUGAGUUCCUAUGAUUUUAGCGACAAAGACCAAGGACCGCCUAGCAAUGAUGGUGGUAAGACCAUUUUGUCGCCUAGUUUUAACGAAGAUGGUUCCUGCGGAAAUGGCUGGGUUUGUGAGCACCGUUGGAACGCCAUUCGUAAUAUGAUAGAGUUUAACAAUGUUGUUAAUGGAACGAAAUUGAAUAAUUGGACUGAAUAUGAUGAUAACCAAAUAUCUUUUUGCCGAGGAGAUAGAGGAUUUCUAGUAUUUAAUCGAGCAGACUUCGAUUUGGAUAGAGACCUUCAAACAUGCUUACCCCCUGGUACAUAUUGUGAUAUUAUAACUGGAAGUAAAUCCAAUUCUGGUUGCUCAGGAAAAAGCAUAACUGUAAAUGACGAGGGAAUAGCUCACAUAACAAUUGGAGCUGAUGAUAGUGAGGGUGUACUGGCAAUACACGCCAAUUCAAAGCUCAAUUGAGAAUCAAUGAUCACUUUCAAAUUAAUCAAUCUUUAAAUAUUAAAAAAUACUAAAAUAAAUUUUAAUAAUAAUAAUGAAAA